AUGGGCCUCGGAGUGCUAGAAGAUACUAAGCUUGACCAUGUCCCUGGCACUGUGCUUUUGAACGAUGAAGCAGCACACUCCGAAGCUGUUACUCAGGGUCUGAAGCACGGUAAAGGAAGAAACGCACAUAUCGUGUUAUCUCCUCAGCCUAGCGAGGACCCAAAUGAUCCACUGAACUGGCCUCUAUGGAAAAAGGAAGUUAGCAUUGCUAUCCUUUGCCUUGGCGCAAUGCUGAACGCCGGCACUAAUGGCCCAUUCCUGAACGCUUCUUAUUACUCUAUGUCUCUUCAACUCAACACAACCAUUAACACAGUCGUCAUGGCAUCUGGAUAUAAUCUACUCGCUGCCGGCUGCAUCGGCCCCUUUGUCUCUGCAUUCAGCCGAAAGUAUGGAAAACGCCCGGUCUUCUUAGUCUCCACGCUUUUCGAUAUCGUCGGAACGGCAGUCGGCCAGGCAAAGAUCGACUACAAAUACCUCCUCGCAGCACGUAUUAUUCAGGGCUUCUCCACGUCCGCCUUCGAAUCUCUGAUCGUCUCAGCGGUUGGCGACAUGUACUUUGUCCACGAACGUGGCCUCCGGAUUGCCGUCAUUAAUUUUGUGCUCAAUUCGGCCUCCAGUUUGGCUUCAAUCAUUUGUGGUCAGGUCUUCCAGAGUCUCGGUUGGCUGUGGCUGUUCCACAUGUUCCAGAUAUUUCUGGUACUUCAGUUCGUACUUAUGUUCCUAUUCUGCCCAGAAUCGACCUAUAUCCGUGAUUCUCGAUAUGACACCGAUGUCGUUGUUAAUGAGAAACUGGAAGAACUCGUGGUAGUGGAACACGAACACAAAGCCCAGGAGGGCGAGGCAGGGCAAAACCCACUGGCUACUGUUCCGGCAAAGAAGACAUUCGUCCAGGAGCUCGCAGUCUGGACCGGCGUGUACUCACAUGACAAUGUGUUCAAAUUCCUCCUAGGCCCUUUCCUUACUCUACUCAACCCUGCUGGGUGCUACGCUGUCCUUGCCUCUGGUAUACUUAAUAGCUGGUACGUCGGUUCAGCCAUUAUCCUAGCCGGUAUCUUUUCUGGUCCUCCUUGGAGCUUCGAUGCAGCGCAGAUCGGCUAUCUCGGUGCAGGCCCGUUUGUUGGAGGUCUCAUCGGCUCCCUCUUUUGCGGCUUCUUCGGUGACUCCUUCAUCAAGAUCAUGACAAAGAGGAACAAGGAAUUCCGCCUCGUGUUCAUGCUUCCAGCUGGUAUCCUAUGUGGAUUUGGAAUGUUCUUCUUCGGUUACACACUGUCUAUGGGCUCGGCGGCCGUCCUUUGUGCCUUCCUUCAGGGUGUGAUGAUGGUUGGUGUCUUGAUCGGAAUCUUCGCAACCCUGUCCUAUGGCCUUGACUCUUUCAGAAGUCAGAGCAGCGAGAUUUUCGUCAUGAACAUGCUCUUCAAGAACUUCAUGUUUUACGGCCUCUCCAAUUUCGCCAAUCCUUGGGUCGCGAGCAAGGGCCCCAGAGAGAUUAUGUAUGUCUUUGGUGGAACCUCGGUUUUCCUGUCCAUACUCGCUAUUCCAGUCUACAUCUAUGGCAAGCGCCUUCGAAGCUGGUGGACGAGACAUGAUCUCUUCGUGACCUUGAAGAUGCAAACCUCGGGACCAGAAAGCCACAUGGGCUGA